CACACACACACACACACACACACACACACACACACUGCUCUGCUGCUAGGAUACUGGAUUGUUUUACGGUGUCAGAGCAGCAGCAUGUUCUCCCUGUCCAACCUGGUGGUGCUGGUGCCCAUCGUGUCUCUGUGCGGUUUGUUCUUCUCCGCCGCCGUGGACGAGAACUUCCCCCAGGGCUGCACCAGCAGCAGCAGCCUGUGCUUCUACAGCCUGCUGCUGCCUGUCACCAUCCCCGUCUACGUCUUCUUCCACCUGUGGAGCUGGAUGGGCAUCAAACUGUUCAGACACAACUAGCAAACUCUGCUGCUGCUGCUGCUCGGUCACAGGAACAAACAUCUGCCCUGAAAUACAGCUGCCGGUGAGGGGAUGUGGGUGCACAAAAAAAGUAAACUUGUCAUAUCAAAAUAAAUCCUGAAAUGCACAGAUUGAAGAUGUAUAACUUUGUUAAAAAAAAAAAAAAAUGAAGGUAGUGUUUUCCUUUACUGUAUUCAGUGUAAUAUUUGUUGUUUUGGUUUGGUGAGACUGAGAAGUAAUGGAU